AAGUGUUGAAGUUUGGGGGUUUUCUGGUGAGAAUCCACAUUCUGACAUCACUUGCCCCUGACAGUGAUUGGCUGUUAGAAGGCAAGGAAGAGUUUAUAGCCAGUCACAGUAAGCAAAUGAGUGAGUGAGAGAGCAGAGGAAAUAUUCAAUCUGUGUCACUCACUCCUGUGAGCCUGUCUCCUCACUCCAGAACUGCAAAAGGAAGCAUUCACCAAAAUGAAGACUGCUUUAAUUUUGCUCAGCAUUUUGGGAAUGGCCUGUGCUUUCUCAAUGAAAAAUUUGCAUCGAAGAGCCAAAUUAGAGGAUUCUGAAGAAAAUGGGGUCUCUAAGUACAGGCCACGAUAUUACCUUUACAAGAAUGCCUACUUUUAUCCUCCUCUAAAACGAUUUCCAGUUCAGAGCAGUAGUGACUCAUCUGAAGAAAAUGGAGACGGCGACAGUUCAGAAGAGGAGGAAGAAGAAGAGGAAGCUUCAAAUGAAGAAGAAAACAAUGAAGAGAAUGCAAAUUCUGACGAAAAUGAAGAUGAAGAAUCUGAGGCUGAGAACACCACCCUUUCUGCUACACCUGGCUAUGGAGAGGAGACCACACCUGGAACAGGGAACAUAGGUUUAGCUGCAAUCCAACUUCCCAAAAAGGCUGGGGAUACAAAAAAGGCUACAAAAGAGGAGGAAAGUGAUGAAGAAGAAGAGGAAGAUGAAGAAAAUGAAGAAAAUGAAGAAACUGAAGAAGUGGAUGAAAAUGAACAAGGCAUAAACAGCACCAGCACCAACAGCACAGAGGUAGAAAAUGGCAAUGGCAGCAGUGAUGGAAACACUGGAGAAGAAGGUGAAGAAGAAAGUGUCACUGAAGUCAAUGCAGAAGGAACCACAAUGGCUGGAAGGCAGGACAAUGGUGGCUCCACGACUACAACCUCUCCAAAUGGUGGAUUUCAACCUACAACCCCACCACCAGAGCUCUACGGGACCACCAUCCGACCAUCUAGGGAAGCCACCACCACUGGAUAUGAGGAAGAGUAUGAACAAACAGGCACCAAUGAAUAUGACAAUGGAUAUGAAGUCUAUGAAAACGAGAAUGGAGAACCUCGUGGCGAUAAUUACCGAGCCUAUGAGGAUGAGUACAGCUACUAUAAAGGGCGCAGCUAUGACAGCUAUGAUGGUCAAGAUUACUACUACCACCAGUGAAAGUCCAGCCUUGGAUGAAUUCAUUCAUUCUGGCAUUUUGUGUGGCUACCAUUUUCAAAGUUCAACUCAGGAAGGUGCAAUACAACAAAUGUGCAUAUUAUAAUGUGGAAUGGUGCUACUGUUCCAAAGUAAUUUUCUGUAAUUGCUUCUGUGAGUAAUGGGCUUCUUGUUGCUUUUCCCUGGUAUGUUACUGAAGGGUUAUUAUAAAUCAGGGCCAUUUAUCAAGUGGUAAACCAAUCCAUGAGAUUGAGUUCAAUUAAAUGUUUGGAGGUUGUAGUUCUACAAAUAUUUUUAACAUAUUUGCACUAUUAAUUGCUAAAACAUACUUUUCAUGCAAGAAGUGCUUCUAUGUAUUGGCAUUAAUGACACUAUAACAAAAUAUGUAGUUCUUUAAUCACACUGCCUAUCCAACUCUGUAUAUUGUGUUUAAUUAUCAUCUUCAUGUAUUUUUAUGUGACCUUUAUGUAUAUUCUACCUAUGGGUUUUAUCAUAAAUAAAAAAUGCAAUCUUCCAUAUCAUAA